AUGCUCAUGCUCAUCUCCUCAGACACGUUCUCAGACAGAGGAAGUGUUGUUUCGAGUUCGGUCAAAGGAGCUCCUCCUCGACCAACUCUUAUUGAUGUACGAGCAAUGAUGACACUUGCCUCAAGCGUUUUUCAAUUUUCACUAUUCAUCGUCGCGAUUUUAUCGCUUCGCGUGCCGAUUCGAGAAUAUGAUCAACUAAGUGCACGACGGGUCCUGAAACGAUUGCCUUCAUGGAUAAAUGAGCAAUUCGCCGAAAUUCGGAUAAAACCUAAAAAUAAAGAGCUACCUGAGCGCGGCGAGGCUCGCAUCGAAUUCGGCGACGACGGUCGAAAAUAUGUGUAUGCUUCAUCGCCGGUCGACGCGCUCUAUGCGGUCAACGCGUUUCUGCGAACCGAAUGCCUCACACAAAUCACAUGGACGAACAGCUCAUUCAGCGGCUACUGUAGGAAGCGGAACGCCGGAAGUGAGCCGAUUGAGGUCACUGCUCCAAAAAUUCGCUACUUUGGAAACAUGUGCACAUUCUCAUAUUCUUUCGUUUGGUGGCAAUGGUCCGAAUGGGAGCGAUUCAUUGAUUGGCUGGCAUUAAAUGGAUUUAAUACGAUAUUAAUGCCGCUCGGCCAAGAGUACAUUUGGCGGAAUGUGUUCGUGAAACUCGGCGUUUCUCGCAAAUCCUUAGACCGUUAUUUCACUUCUCAGGCAUAUUUGGCAUGGCACCGAAUGGGCAAUCUCAAAGGCUACGGCGGCGGAUUAUCCGACAUGCAAUUGAUGAAUGAUUUGAAUUUGGCGCAAAAGAUUGUCGAAAGGAUGCUCGAGUUGGGAAUGGUGCCGAUUCUUCCGACGUUUGCUGGAUUCGUGCCAGAUGAGAUGGAAGCAAUAUAUCCUUCUUCAAAAUUCCACCGAAUGCCGACAUGGAAUCGAUUUGACGACGAGAAUUCGGGACUUCUCGCGGUCGAUCCAAAAGACCAACUUUUUGAACGAAUUGGCAUCGCAUUUUUAGACGAGCAAAAACGAAUAUUUGGAGACGUGAGCCAUAUUUAUAGUGCAGAUCCUUUCAAUGAAAUCACACCAUCAUCUUCACCGCAAUUCGACGCCAAAUAUUUAGAAGCGACUGCACAAGCAAUUCUGAAUUCUUGCCUCAAAGUCGAUAAGAGUUGCAUAUGGCUUACCCAAUCGUGGGCAUUUUCAUACGACAAAUGGCCGAAUUGGGCAAUCAAGUCAUUCCUGACGGCAAUUCCUGUCGGCCGCCUUCUAGUCGUUGACUUGUACGCGGAAAUGCUUCCCGGUUGGGCAACGACCUCGCAAUUCUACGGUCACAAUUUUAUUUGGGGAUUUCUGCACAAUUUUGGGGGCUCUCGGGAACUUCGUGGCAACAUUAAGGCAGCCAAUAAGGGAUAUCAAUUGGCUUUGGAGAAUACGAAUAUGAUUGGAGCUGGUCUUACAAUGGAAGCAAUUGAUCAAAAUUAUGUCAUUUAUCAGUUUAUGAUUGAUCGAAUGUGGUCUGCUGAGCUCAUUCCGAUUAAUCAAUGGAUACAUAGUUAUGCCGAAUCGCGAUAUUCUUCAAAUCAUCGAAGCGCUGAAAAGUUGUGGUCGAUGCUUGAAAGAACCUUCUACAGCGAGCCCGCUCGUCCCGAUGAGCCACGAUUUGAAGUGUUCUUAUACAGACGACCUGGAUUUGGAAAGAAGCUGAAUUAUUGGUUCCCGAUUGAAUCAGUAUUCUCUGUAAUACAGCGAUCGCUUUCUAUUCUUACAGAGAAUUUGUCUGAUAAUCCAUUAUUUAUGGAAGAUUGGAAUGAUCUGAUGAGAAGCAUUCUGCAGUAUGAAAUGGCUAAUAACAACAUUUUGGGGAUUUACGAAGCAUAUCUUAUGGAGGAUAAGCCGCAAAUAGGAGAGAGCUGCGAUGGCCUUAUGAGAAAUUUUGAAAAGCUCGAGAGGAUUUCCAACAACGAUUUCAAAUCUUGGAAAAGGUUGGCUAGGAGUUUGGCGGCUACAGUCGAAGAGCGAAAAAUUUUUACCAUUUCUUCGGGCGAGCUUUUAACAACAUGGGGUCCACGAGGUGAAAACCUUGAUUAUGCUCACAGGGAAUGGUCAGGAUUAAUCAAAGAUUACUACGCCAAGCGAUGGGAAUACUUUUGUGAAUGGAUAUUGGAAAAUGAUCAAUUUAAUCACACUGAAUUCAGCUUAAAUAUCUUCAAGUACGUAGAGAGGCCGUUUUCUUUCUCGUAA